CUGCCACCUCCAGCCAGGCUGUCCCUGGAAAUUGGGGUAAAGGAAACGCCAAGGCUACUGUGAAAACUUCUUGUCACCUCCCAGGAGGCGGUGCCCCUCCUUGAUACUUAGGGCUGGAGCAUAAGGAAGAAGCCAGUUUCAGUCACCCAGGUGGUGCGGCAGGUGGACCAGAGGAGAGCUGGCAGCCUGCCAACCACAAGGGGCAUUCUCUUCCCUUCCAGGCUGCGGUCACAAAGAACCAGUAAGGCUGUGGCAAUACCAGUCGCUGAGAAUGGCCCAGGCCCUGGAACAAGCAGAUGGCAGAUGGGCCUGGGUGGUCCUCCUAUCCUCCCUGGUGACACAGGCCCUCACCUUGGGCUUCCCUGCCUGCAUCGGUGUCUUCUUCACUGAUCUGCAGCGCGACUUUCAGGCCAGCAACAGUGAGACCUCUUGGUUUCCUUCCAUCCUGGGGGCCAUGGUCCACGGUGGGGGACCCCUGUGCAGCAUCUUGGUCAAACAUUUCGGCUGCCGAGUGACCAUGAUGCUGGGGGGUGUGCUGGCCAGCCUGGGCAUGGUAGUCAGCACCUUCUCUGGCUCCCUCACCCAUCUCUUCCUCACCGCAGGAGUGAUCACAGGCAUGGGCAUGUGUUUCAGCUUCCAGUCGAGCAUCACGGUACUGGGCUUGUAUUUUGUCCGCCGGCGGCCGCUAGCCAAUGCACUGGCUUCCAUGGGACUCUCCAUGGGCGUCACCCUCUGGCCACUGCUGGCCCGAUAUCUUCUGGAAACCCUGGGCUGGAGGGGCGCCUUCCUCAUCUUCGGUGGCAUCUUACUCCACUGUUGUGUAUGUGGAGCUUUGCUGAGGCCUGUUGCCACCAACGAGGUCCCCGAGCCCAAAGAAGAUCCCCUUCUACCUCCCAAGAUACCUACACGCAGCUGCCUGGCAACAUGUGUCUCAACCAUUCGGUACCACCUGGCCUUUGACAUCCUUCGGCACAAUAUGGGCUUCUGCAUAUACGUCACGGGUGUGAUGUGGAUGAACCUGGGUUUUGCAUUGCCACAUAUCUUCCUAGUGCCGUACGCUAUGCAUCAUGGGGUGGACGACUAUUGGGCAGCCAUGCUCAUGUCUAUUGUUGGCUUCUGCAACAUCUUCUUACGGCCAGUGGCAGGGCUGCUGCUGGCAGGCAGGAAGAGCUUGGCUGCCUACCGGAAGUACCUGUUUGCUGUGGCGAUCCUCAUCAACGGGCUCACCAAUCUAAUAUGCGCGGUGUCAGCAGACUUCCGGGUGCUCCUGGGCUAUUGCCUGGUGUACAGCCUGUCCAUGUGUGGAGUCGGGAUCCUCGUCUUCCAGGUUCUAAUGGACAUUGUCCCAAUGGAUCGGUUCCCCAGUGCCCUGGGCCUCUUCACCAUCCUGUGUGGCAUGGCUUCUCUCAUCUCUCCACCAUUGGCUGGAUUGCUGCUGGACAAGACCAACAACUUCAGCUACGUUUUCUACAUGUCGAGCGGCUUCCUCGUCUCAGGCUCUCUUAUCCUGGGUGUGGGCUUCUACGCUGCAGAGAAGAAGAAGCUGAAGCAAGAUGGGCAAGCCAAAAUGGAGAACGCUACCUCAGAGAUGACCUCAAUGCACGGCCUCGCCUCAGAAAACAAGGGCAGCGCCAAGAAGCAACCGUACCCUGAAAGCAUCUAUAUGACCAAUGUCUGAACUCCAGAGAUCCCAUGUGACCUAUCUCUGCGCUCUGAAGUCAGUGGGGGAAGCCUUCCUUCCAGGAAGUAGGGAAUAGAAGUGGGCCUUCCUGGCUUUCUUCCUUGGGUCCCAAGAAGAUUGGUCCAGAGUCUCGCAGGAAGCGAGACUAGGAAGGAAGCGAAGUCAUGGCUAGCUACCUUGGAUUGGCUCCUCCCAGCUGCUCCUACAACCCAACACUCUGGGGCGUCUCAUUCAUCCUUCCCAUGUGGACUGUCUUCAUCCUUCUUGGCCUCAGACUAUUUUGACAAAUUUGCCUUUCUUCCAAGAACUUACUUCCUCUUCUUCUCUUCCCAAACAACCAACCAUGACCCCCUCAGGUCAGGAAGGUGAAGAGUGCUGCUUCAAGAAGCUGAGUCUUAUGCUAACUGGAGCCAUAGCAGGCACAGAUGAAGAAAGAACCAGGAAUACUGGUCCUGGCGCCUCUGCAGAGAGCAGGGAAAGAAACUUCUCUGCUGUCCUGGAAGGAGCCCUUUUGC